UCUGAAGAACUGCAGCUUUCAGUGGACCACAUCAAGCAGAUUAUUGGGAUUUUAAGGGACUUUAUCCACUCUCCUGAGCAGAGAGUGAUGGCUUCUACCAUAUCCAAGCUGAAAAUGGAUUUGGACUUUGACAGCACCUCCAUCAAUCAGAUCCAUCUGGUGCUGUUUGGAUUCCAGGAUGCAGUGAACAAAGUGUUAAGGAAUCAUUUAAUAAGGCCCCACUGGAUGUUUGCAAUGGAUAACAUCAUCCGCCGGGCAGUCCAAGCUGCAGUCACUAUUCUUAUUCCAGAGCUUCGCACUCACUUUGAGCCAGCCUCAGAAACUGAAGGUGGGGACAAGGACACGGAUGAGGUGGAGGAGAAUUUGCAGCCCUUGGAGCCAAACGGGGCUGAGGACGCUGCUGUCACCUCGGGGCUCAGCACCCUCAGCUCUGGGCUGUCACACCACGCUCAGCAGCAGCUCAGCCAGGAGCUGGGCACACUCCAAUGUGGCACUUUAAGGCUUUUGGAAAACCUCAUUCAGAAGGAGAAAGAGUAUCAGAGCCUCUUACGACAAUCUUUGGAGCAGAAGACUCAGGAAUUACAUUUGCUUCAAUUAAAACUUAAACCCAAAGACUCCCAAUGCUCUGCAGCAAAUUCUGGAGAAAAUGCAGACCCAGAGCUCAUGAACUGGUUGAAACAACAAGGAGCAGACUUGGAUACCAUUCAGAGGUUUGCUGAAGAAGAUUAUACACUGAGUGCUGUCCUUAAUGACAUCACCAAAGAUGACUUGUGGUAUCUUCAGCUGCGGGGUGGUGUUCGCUGCAGGAUCUGGAAUGCAAUCCUAACCCACAGACAAACAUCUGGCAACACCUCAGCACAGCUCAACGCUCUGGAACAACACCAAAUGGGAAUCAGCAAAUGAAAAACAUUCCCAGCACUUUCAUUAGGAGAUGUAUAUAUUUCUGUGUACAGUGGCCUUGCAGGUUUUGCACAAUGAUGUAGCUUGUUUGACCAUCAGUGUAACACAGUGAAUAAUAACAGCUUCUAAGUCAGUGUCAGUGCAUUUCAAUUAUUUAUGACAAGACUAAUCCAUACAAUUGUAAUAGAAAACAUUAGCUAAGAAAAAACUCACCUGAUUUGGCUUUACCAUUGUGAAAACUGUCAACUUCAAAUGUGUUACAGGUCUGCUGCUGAUGGUUUGAGCAGGGAGGGGAUGUGCUCAUUGUAGAUGGAUUUAUACAGCUUUUGUAUUAAACCUACUCUCACUGAGAAAAG